GUAAAGUGAAACCUCCUCCAAAGCCGGUGGCCAUCAAGGAUGAGAAGACAAUGACGCGGACGUAUGGCAAGCCGGAGUACCAGCGAGGUCGCACCACCAUCAGAGACCCCUACCUGCACUUCCAGAACACGAAAAAGGGUGUGGCCAACAGAUCAGUCAUGAAUGAAUCUGCUGCAGUGAGUCCAGUUGGCAGGGGCCGGUCACCUGGUCGUUCAAGAUCACCAAGGUCAGGUCAGAACCAGGGUUACGGAGUGACCUCCACAGUCCCACGACAGUUUUACUUCAGUCCCACCAGGGGAUACAUUCCACUCCAAGAGGGUGCAAAGGCACCCAUCCAAGGUCAGCUGGUUUCCAUGGCAAUACCACUUGGGGAACCUCGAUUAGAACCAGGGGUCAGACAGUCGGCUACUCCGAUUCGGCCAGCUUCGAACCCCGUGACCUCCACCCCUGUGCCAGUGACAGCUGCCAGGAAUGUGGCCUUGGUGUCUUUCCCUGUGGAGGAAGACCAAAACAAGACUCGAACCAGGGAGCCGGAGCUUGCAAAACAGGUGCUUCCCCCUAUUGACAUUGACUCCAUCUCUCCCUCGUCGUCUCGUCGCUCUGACAUUCAGAUCAGGAGUCCCCAGCAAGGCAAUGCCAAUGUAACCUUCUUACAGGAAGUACACGAUGAUGAUGUAGACCUUGACAAGACGAUUACGGAAGAGGACUCUGACCUUGAUCAGACAGGAGAGGGAAUACAACUGCCGGGAUACGAACCCAGAGUGGCAGAGUACUCUGGACCAAGUUUCCCGCCAAAAACUGGCAAGUCUGGCCCUGACUGGAUGGCGGGAGGGGAGCAGACGCAGCCCCCACAGCAGAUAUCGGACGUCAUGGCAGAGGACCUUCGAAGGAAGGAUGUUUUGGAGAACAAUGCCGUAUACUGGCUUGAACAAGAGCUCAUGGCCCGCGUCCUGACUGAGGUUAUGCCUAUACAAGUGGCCCAGUCGGCCCCUCUGGAAGCGGCCAACAUCAGCAAGGCCGGAUCAGUUCACUCUGAGGAGGCCAGUGAGAGGGAAGACUCUUUGCUAGUGGCUGAUAUGAUUGGUCAUGGAGGCUUGCAGCUAUUUAUAGAUGCAGGUCAGCCAGUAGACAACAAUCUGGUCAGUGCUUUGGUCAAGGAAGUCAUCCAAGAAAGAGUUAACUCUAUGCUGGCGCAACGGCCCGCUGAGGGGGCGGAUGCUGUGCGUGCUAUGGAGGAGAUAGAGACCGUGUUGAAAGAAAAGGAAAGAGAAGCUGGCACUCCGCAGAUCCCAACCCCAGAACCGACCCCCAAAACAAGCCCCAUCCCAUCCCCUCGGCGACUGAAGCAGCAGGCGACAGCUCCGACCACCCCACCCAUCUCCCCGCCACCCACAGGUCACGUUUUCUCUCAGCGCGUUGAGCCUGAGCCACUGGUGGAGCCAGUUCGAGCCCCGGCACCUGCGGCCGCUAAGCCUCGUUCCCCUCCACCUCAGCCAGAGCCAGAGCCAGAAGCUGUACCCACUGCGCCUCCUGCAGCUGUUGAUUAUGAGUCAGAGUCUUCUGUUUCUAUUGAUAUAUCGGAAGAGCUGAGACGUGUUGCAGCUUCAGGAAAACCAAAACAUGAGGAAGACCUCCCACUAGUACAGCGUCACGAUGUAGCCACGCCCCCUAUUUCCCCACCACCAAUGGAUGAGGAGGAAGUCCAAGUUCCAGCUCCUGUCAGUCAAAGACAAGCCACACCCCCUCUGUCACCACAGUCAGUUGUUUCUCGUGAGCCUCUACCACCUUCAUCACCGUCAAAGACUCAGGCUCCUGCCCCUGUGGAAUCAAAGGCAGAAAAGGAGGCAGAGCAAGAAGAGGAAGAGGAGGAGGAGGAGGAAGAACUUGAGCAGCCACAUCCCAUUCUGAUGUCUGUGGCUGUGGGUACAGACCGAUCAAUGACAAUGGAGUCUGAGCCAAAGGAACGCCGCAGAUCACCCUCACCGAAGCGCGACAAGAGUCUGCGUUCGACUGGCACGGUCUCCCCGCCUCCGUCCUCCGACUCAAGCAUCACUGACACAGUCAAUGACAGACUCUCCGAGGGUCAGUGGCUCCUCAGCCGCAGUGAGGGACAAAUGCCGGCAAUACCCAUCACUGAUGCGGCCCGUCAAGAGUACCUUAGGAAACGUUACCAGAAUGCUGACCUCAGCACUGCCAGCACUCUGAGGGACACAGACGAUCUUGACCUUGAUGAAGCGGAUGCAACACGCAGUGAAGGAGAGUUCCUGCACGCUGGUUUACCUCUCCCGGAGGAUGACCCGAUGCUGCUACUGCUGGCUCAGAUGCAGCGUAACCCGCUAGCGGCCGCCCAGAGGGAUCUCCCAGAGGCUGCAGUCAGACAGGUCCUACAAGGUCAAGGGUCAAGAGAAGCAGCUGGCAUGUCUGCCACGGGUCGCAGCCUGGGUGAGCUCAGUGUGGGCCAGGUUCCCCACUCCAGGCUGGUCAUGGUGCAGUCUCGCAAGGACAGGGACAGGGGACAUGCAGAUCGUGGAAGUCCAACAAGAAGCCCAACCCGUAGCCCCAGCCGUAGCCCCGGUAGAAGCCCAGGCAGAAGCCCCUCUCGCAGCCUGGAGCAAAGUAUAGAAGAAGAAGAAUACUGGCGGGAAGAAGAGAGGAAGGAAAGGAGGCGGCAGCGGAAACAGGACCGCAGCAGAACUCCAUCGCCACUUCAGCAGCAGCAGCAACAGCAACAGCAACAGCAACAGCAGCGUAGCAGGACCCCACCGCCACAACAGCAGGGCAGAGCAAGGACUCCACCUGGUGGUCGUCACCAGCCUCAGGCUGGCCCAGGGAACAGAGGGAGGCCCAGAGGUCAAAUGGCAUACCAACCGGUUCUGUCAGAAGGAGCACCUGUGUCCACAAGGGGCCGGACUCCACCAGGCUACGGAGGAAGCAGACGUAGCAGUGACAGUCGCCUGACCCGCAGCAGUGAUCAAGUGCGGCACUCGGGCUCGUCAAAUUUCCGGGAAUCAGAUUCCCUGCAGUCAGGAUCAUUGCGACGAUCAGCUGAGGGAGGUCUCACCUCCAGCUUCAAGUCCCGUCAGUCUGGAGUUAAAAAGUCCGUUGAAUUUGACCUGACGGGGACCUAUGAGAGACGAGAGAGCAACAGAAGUUCUUUCCGCAUGUCUCGGGAGUCGACGUCAGGCAUGUCAGGUCGACUUUCCAACAACUCGAAUCGUUCUUUGGGAAUCGAUUAUUCCUACGAAGGUUCUUUGGAUGAAUCCGAGUUGAAGAGAAUUGUGGCCAGUCCUGGAGAUACAGGCACAGGCCCGUACCGCAUGUCGGUGACCAUUCCGUCCACGAUGGAAGCAGAGGACAGCGAGCUCUCCGAGAUUGACAUUACGGACAAUCAGUAGGACACUAUAGACGUCAUCGACAGGAUAUACAGCCAUAAAAUAAUAAAUAGAUAAGUGAAUAAGUAAAUGAAUGAAUGAAU